AUGGUUACACUCGUUUAUGCUGAAUCAUUUCCUUUUUUCGAUGAUUUUGUCAAGUCUUUUCUUUCAUCCACCUCAACAAAAACAACACCCACUACUAACUUUCCUCAAACAUCAACAAAUUCAACAAAUGAUAUGAAAAAUCCAAAUAUUUUCUCGUCGAUUACAACUCAUAUUAACCUACUCGUCAUUGAAAUAGCUUUAAUAGUCGUUCUGUGUCUCAUGAAAUUCUUUCAAAAAUUAGCCAAUAACGGUUGUAAAAUAAAAAAGUCUUGGUUCGAAAUCAAAUCUGUGAAUGAAUAUCGUCGUCGCGCAACUGAAAGACAAAAUCAUCAAGCAUCACUGACAAAUGCUCUUCGAUGGGUCUAUAAUCAACAAGCAACAACAACGUCUUCUUCAAUCGAAACAUGCGAAUCAACAUAUCCUAUCUCAUUUGUAUAA